UACAAAGAUCACACCGUCCAAACCAACUACAGCAAUCAUCACAGAGGUCACACUGUCCACACCAACUGCAACAGUCGUUACAGAGAUCACACCGUCCACACUAACUGCAACAAUCGUUACAAAGAUCACACCGUCCAAACCAACUACAGCAAUCAUCACAGAGGUCACACUGUCCACACCAACUGCAACAGUCGUUACAGAGAUCACACCGUCCACACUAACUGCAACAAUCGUUACAAAGAUCACACCGUCCAAACCAACUACAGCAAUCAUCACAGAGGUCACACUGUCCACACCAACUGCAACAGUCGUUACAGAGAUCACACCGUCCACACUAACUGCAACAAUCGUUACAGAGAUCACAUCGUCCAAACCAACUACAGCAAUCGUUACAGAGAUCACACCAACUACAGCAACACAACCACUGACAAUCACAUCGAGUUCAAAUCAACAAAGUGAAUAUUUUUCUAUAUUUAUUUCUAGAAAAAACUUACAAGGAAACGCUUCUAACUAUCAAAUAACUUUUUAGUCGAGACCAUAUGUAUCAUAUAAGUUUUAACUAGCUAUGAAUACUGUGAAAAAGAACUCAGGAUUAUAGAUUAUUGCUUUCAAGAUACUUCAGUUUCUAGUAGAAUCCCGUAAUCCCUCUCAAGAACACCAGGAAAACUAAGUUUCGACUUUCAACUUAAAACUUUGCAUAGGAUAGUUUGUUGUGAAAGUUUCAGUUGUUCGUUUGCACUGUUUUAAAAUAUGAAUAUCAGAAUAUGUUGUUGUAUACGAGCCGUGUUAUAUAUAUACUUUUAUUAUAACUGUAUCUUACAAUAGAAGCAAUCAAACGAUCUAUAAUUUUUACAAUGAACUACUCUCAUAAAAGACUAUCUCUAUGUAAAGUUUCAAGUCGAAACUUAUAAUUUUGUUUUCCUGCUGUUCCUGAGAAGGACCACGAUAUUCUGUUAAAAAAAUACAGUAUCUCGAUUGUAAAAAACUAUUAGUCCGACCUCUUUUCAAGGUAUUCAUAGUUCAUUAAAACCUAUAUGAUGCAUAUAGUCUAGACUCAAAAGCAAUUUGACACUUAGAAGCAUUUUCUCAUUAGUAUUGUCCUUUUCUUGUUUAUUAUAGAUUCAGUACAGGGUGAACCAGGUCUUGGUAAAGCAGCAACUGCUGGUCUUGCUUGUGGAAUUAUUUUUUCUGCUGUCAUAUUCAUUGGUGAAAUUAUCUUCUUUAAAUUUUUCUAUUCCGGAGGUGCCGCUAGUGGUGGUUUCGAGCGAUCAGUUGCUUAUCGAGCGUGA